AUGAUAACAAAACUUAAGAAACGUUUUACAAUAUUUAAAAAUUCAUUCUUUCGCCUUUCUACAAGUCAAAUUAUUGCUGAAUUAAUGAUGUUUAUCCAAUUUACAAUACUUAUGAGAGGAAGAAAAUUUCAUUGGCUUUCUAAUGUUAUCAAAGAAGGUACAUUAACAUGGGAUUUAUUACCAAGAAUAUCAGUAGCAGUUCAUUAUUAUAUGAAAUUAGUUUUAUAUUUAGGUCAUGUACUUUUUGCUUUAAAUCGCCUCUCAGCAGCCAUCCGACCAAUGGAAUAUGAAGGAUAUUGGAAUAGUAAAAAUAUUUUUAUUGCUAGAUUGAUACAAUUUUUAUUACCAUUUGUUGUUUUGAGAGAUAAACAAAGUGAAAGAUUACGUUUAUAUUUAGGUGAUACCUCAAAUUAUUUAACAUCAAAUAUAGAUUUAUUUGCAUGUUUAUUAUGUGCUUUGAUAUGUGUAACAAUAUAUAUAAUUGUCAUUUUUAUAGUACAAAGACAAUCUAAGAUAAUGAAAGAGAAUAGAAGAAGAAGUGAAAUUAAAGAUGAAAAUAAUUCUACUCCAUCAAAUAGUAGAAUUUCAGCUGAAAAAAGAAUUCUAUUUACAGCAAUGGCGUUAUGUAUAUCUUUACUUUUAAAUGCUACCAUUCAAGUGUUAACAUUUUACGGAGCUUACAAAGAUGAUGAAGAUUUUGUAAUGACUAUUAAUGAUGUAUCUUAUCCAAUUGUUGAUGCUAUGUACUCAUUAACUCCAUGGUUAUUACUAUUUACAUCAUCCGCAAUUCAAAGAGCUUUAUAUAAACUUUUGUGUACUGAUAAAAUUCAAGGAGUUAUUAGUCAAUUAACUGGUUCUCAAUAUGAUUCUGUUCCAGAUACUACUAAUGUUUAA